AUGGGCCUUAGCGUCGCCCUAGAGAAAACCGAGGCGAUUGGUUUUCAUCGCAGAGGGCGCCCCGCGAAUAUAAAAAUACGCGUGGCGGGACAGGAGAUCCCCAUUGACUACAAGAUCAAAUACUUGGGCCUGACAAUGGACUCGCGCUGGACGUUCGAGCCGUACUUCCGAAGUCUAGCGCCAAAGUUCGAGCGUAUGGCGGCGGGAUUGGCCGGCUUCCUGCCAAACUUAGGGGGACCCGGCGACAGAGUGCGGCUAAUGUACGCCAACGUUACUGCGUCGGUGGCGCUUUACGACGCUCCCGUUUGGCACCGAGAGGCGGAGGCAAAUAGGAGGAUACGCGGUAUCCUCCGUGCCUCACAAAGAAGGCUCGUAGGACGAGCAAUCAAGGCGUACAAAACCACGUCGUUUGCCGCGAACACGGCGCUCGCCGGUAUGUCGCCAUUCGAGCUUAUGGCAGGAAUGCGCGCCGAGAUUUUCGAGAAGACGGCGGCGAUGAAACAACUAACCAGGGCGGUAGCGAUCCCCACGGAGGUGAGUACUGCAUAA